UCUCAAUUUAUUCUUUGUGGUUUUAUACAAUUGUUAGUUGAUUCUAUUAUUGUGAUUCAAUUUGUUUCUUUUGAAAAAUAAUAAAAUAAAAUUUAAUACGACUGAUUUACAUAUAAUGUAUAUAGUUUAGGCUUAUUUUGUAAUAAUGUUUUGAGGCGUAUGGUGAUCUGCUUGUUUCAUCAUCAAAUUGAAGCGGCUGUUUCAAAAACGUUUAAAAAACUAAUAAAUAUUAUAUAAAAGCCCCCAAUUCACUAAAAGAAAAUACUCCUUUUUUUUUCUUUUUUUCCUAUAUUUUCAAAAUGUUAUUAAUUAAUUUAGAAAGACUUUUCUUCAUUUCAUUAUUUACUUUUUAUCAUAAUGUUCUUGCACAAUUACAAUUACCACUUUGUAUUGGACAUAGAGGGUAUCCUGAUAUGUUUCCAGAAAAUACCUUGAAAUCACUUCAAAAAGCGUUAAUUUAUGGUGCAGAUGCUUUAGAAUCUGAUGUUCGUUUAACGAAAGAUGGUCAGGUUAUUAUGAUGCAUGAAACUACGUUAGAAAGCACUACUAACGGAACCGGAUUAAUUGAAGAUAGAAAUUGGUUUGGUUAUAUUGAAUAUUUAAGAAAUGAUAACGAACCUAUAGCGUUGUUUCAAGACGUUUUAGAUCUAUUAAAGCAAGAAGAAAAUAAAGAUGUUUUCGUAAUUCUUGAUAUUAAGGAAGACAGUAAGAUUGAAAUUCUUGAUGUAAUGGCUGAUAUAAUUCAUUCAAAUUUUCCAUAUAAUUUCACUUCACAAUUAUAUCUCGGUAUAUGGACAUUGGAUUUUCUCGAAAGAGCUCGUAAAGUUUUACCAGAAUUUCCAGUUUCUUUUAUAAGUAGUGAUAUUAAUGAAGCGCGCGAAGAUUUUUUCGAUAAAGUAGAAAAUUAUAAUAUAGAAUAUCCAUUUAUAUUAUCAGAUAAAACUGGUUUUGUUAAUUUGAUUAAAAGAAAAGGUAGAAAUUUAUUUGUUUGGACUGUUGACGAUACAAAUGAUAUAAAAAAAUGCGUAGAAUUUGGUGAAAUUGAUGGUAUUUUAUCUGAUAAUCCUGUUGAAUGUAUUAGAGUUAGAAGAGAAGUUAAUAGAAGAAGAAAAUUUAUGAUAUCUACUUUUUAAAUUAUUUUAUUUUUACUUUUUAUUUUUGUAUUAGUAUAAUUUAUUGUAAAUUUAUCCGUCGAUGACACUCUAAUUAAAAUAUAUAUAUUUACCAGUUAAAGCUUUUGGUCAAAUCUACUGCUAGAAUCACGUGCUAUCUAAUAUUU